GCGGCGGUGGUGGUGGUGGUGGUGGUGGUGGUUGCGAUGGUUGUGAAGAGAUGGUGGUGGUGGUUGCGCAUGGUAGUGGUGGUGGUGGUGGUGGGGGCGCCGUCCCCGUGUCCCCUCACUUCACUUGGACCCCAGUACUUCCCUCCUCCCCAGAUCAGGUGGACUUGUGGACGAUAUCUGGAAGUGGAUGCACGUGUCCUCACCACUCCUCCUCCUCCUCCUCUUCCUCCUCCUCCUCUUCAGCGUGUGCGUGUUGCGUGAGUCGCGUGGCGUGUCACUGUGGCGCCGCCAACCCACACCGGUGCGCCCAGUGUGGCCUCCAUCACUUCUGCAACAAUAUGUGCAAUAUGACAAUAGAUGGAGCCACCCUCAGCGUCACCUCGGGGCGGCUCUCUGGCUCCCUCGUGUCCCCUGGUGAGGUGCGGGCGCCCACCUACUGCUGGUACCUCCUCAGAGCCCCGCCUGGCCACAGAGUAGAAAUACAGAUACACAGGCUUGUUCACGUGGGCACCUAUAUUAACUCAACCACGUGUCGUGGCGGCUACGUGGAGGUAUCGGAUGGACGGAGUGUAGGUGUGGGCGGCCGUGGUACUAGUGUAGGCGUGGAGGGCGCGGGCGGGGUGACGUCUCUAAAGAUAUGUGGGGAAGAUGAAAGGCUACACCCGCCCGUAGUUGUUUACAGCGACACGGGUCUCGCUACGAUUGUUUAUAGGGUGAAUCAAAAGUGGGGCAGCCCGCGUUUCAUCGCCUACUACAACUUUCCCCAUAAGUCCCAUCCAGACACAGGCGUCCACCACCACGGGGGAACCAGGCUACAGUACACAGCAUGUGACUGGCUCUACCAAGACGUCCACUGUACAACCACCACCACCACCACCACCACCACAACAGCAGUAGUGGCGGUGUCUGCUCGCGUCACCUGGCUAUCCUGGCAUCUACCCUUCCGGAGUCAGGUGCAAGUACCUUCUAGCCAUGUCUUCGCCUAAAGUCACGGGAACACUCGCUUUCAUAACAGUCGAUUUACACCCGCAACGCUGCUCCACAGAUUACAUAGCAGUGUACGCUGGGACCUCCACCUCCUCCCCUUAUAGACUCCCUGUGUGGGGGCCAAAAACGCUCUAUACCACUGAAAGGUCCUAAUGUGUUGCUGGAUUUCAGCUCGGGUCCAAGACAAAGGCCUUACAAAUACAGUGGUUUUCUCGCCUCCGUCACCUUUGAGAACUUGAGGGGGGGAGGGGGCUUGUCUCCUGAACCCCUCCCGUUAACCCCACCCCCACCCCCACACUGCCGCUACACCCCCUCAGCGUGGGAGCGGGCGUGGAAGCGGGCGUGGGGUGCAGCAAGGUUUAUUCAAGCAGCGAUAGAAGACAAGGCAUAUUUGACACGUCUCAUUUAGCGCCCAGUAAGGAGUGCUCGCUGAGACUUGAAGGGAACCAAGGCGAGGUGGUGCAGGUCUCCCUCUUCAAAUACAGCCUUAGCGGUAACUCGUGCGAAUCAACUAUAUCAAUUUAUGACAACUACAAUGAACCCUCCUCCUCCUCCUCCUCCUCCUCCUCCUCCUCCUCCUCCUCCUCCUCCUCUCUCCUCCAUCGUGUGUGUGGCCCCGUCAAGAGAGAGCCGAAAGAUGGGUCAGGGAAAUUUAUACAACAAGAUUUCUUUCUAUCGUCUGGGAGAAAGAUGGAGAUCGUUGUAUUGCUUGGGGAGAACACACAGGCCAGGGAACAGUACGUCGUGGGCGGCUACUACUUCCAUGACUCACGCGUGGAGGGCACCAAAAACCCUUCUAGUGUGUGUGACGUUAUGUUCUACGGAGCCACACACCCACCACAAGGGGAGCUGCACCCGCCCUCUACCCCGCUGCUGUGGAGUGUGGCUGGGACUCUGCAUUGUAGCUAUCUCUUGGUGCCGGCCGUGGGUCAAGCGCUGGUACUCAUGAUCAGAGAGCGAGCCAGCAGCCCCGCCCCUCCCUCCCCCCUGGUCCCCUGCUCUACCAGGUGUGGGAGGGAGGGGACGGGGGAUGGGGUGGAGGGGUGCAGGUGUGAGCUAAAUGGUCACGUGACACUGCAAGAGGUUGAUCACUUGUUAUUCGUGCACGCAACCUCCAGGACUGUUAUUGCGUGCGUGUGUGGUGACUGGCAGCCACGCACACAGCUACUAGUGGAAGCGCAAGAGGGGGCAGUGGAUGUCAUUUACCACGUGGCGCAUUACAUCUGGUCGACUCCCACGCUGGACUUCAAUCUACACUACCAAUUCGCCCCAGCCAGUGUGUGCGGCCCCUCCUACAGAACGGAGACUGCAGGUGAACUAGGUCCGCGUCAGGUAAUGGAGACGAACAAGAACCAACGCACGUAUCUCUAUGCUGACUGUGUGUGGGUGAUCAGCAGCCAGUCAGCAGCUGCCUUGGCCUUGACCAUCACACCCCCUAUUGCUGGCUCGUGCAGUAUAUGGAAUCUGACCGUGCAAUCCUCAGGGCGCGCCACCCCCCGCCCCCCCCUCACCAGUGUCACGUGCGCAGGGGAGGACACCACACUCGUGCACGUGCCCACUCAACACGCGGCGGCAACCCUCACGCUACAGCUUCGAGGAAUGGAGCGCUCUGAUUGGCUAAUAUCCUGGAACAGCCACUGGCCUCCCCUACCCCCUUCCCCGUCUGCCUCCCCUUCCACCACCACCACCACCACCACUGCCACCACCACCACCACCACAACCACCACCACCGUCUCUCCCAAACCCGAGCUCUCCAGAACAGUAAAUGUGCACCCAACUAGGAAGACUUAUCUGGUGCAUUCUGGGAGCGGGUCGUUGCAUUGUGGUCGUCUCCUGGUGCUACUACUACAACUACUACUACAACUACUACUACUACUACUACUACUGCCACCACCACCACCACCACUGCCAUUAAUAUUACUACCACUAUUUGUCAUUACGACGGCGUGUGUGUCAUCCUAGGCCUACUACUACUACUACUACUACUACUACUACUACUACUACUACUACUACUACUACUACUACUACUACUGCUACUACUAUCAUUACUACUACUACUACCAUUACUACUACUACUAUCGUCAGUCACCAA